ACAUUUCUCGAAGAGUCGAGAGUCUUUUGUUCAGUGAAUUGUCAGGUCGUUCCGGGGCUGCGAGUUCUGCCGGUAUGUGAAAGAAAUAGUGUAUUCCACGAGUGAUCUUACAAAAAUUAGCUGCAGAUACAAGAACUGGUUUCAGAGCAUGCAAGAUAAUGAAGCUAAGCUACAAAACCUGUUUACAAGUAGCCUUUGCUUUCUUUCUGGGGGCUUGUUUUCAAUUGACGAAUGGGAAUUACAAUGCAAUUCAGAGGCUUGAAGAAGUAAUAGAGAUGGCUGAAAGGGAAUCUAGAUUACUCGCCAACGAGAUCAAUCAAUGGCUGAUACAAGAAAGCGGAGGUAUGAUAAAAGAAGAUGAGAAAAUGCACUUGCGAUCCACACGAUCUGUCGACGACUUCGACGAAGGUGCACAAACGGAUGCCGACUUGUUAUCCGAAGUCAGCCGACCAAUUGUCCGCAGAGAUAUCGCUAAAAAUAAGAGUCUUCACAAUAAAGGGAAAGGUUCUGUCGCAGUCAAGAAAGAGGACAAAAAAGCGGAGGGGUCUUCUCAUUUGUUGAAGAAGCCCGGUUUGAACAUCAGAAUGGACAAACAUCCAGUAAAGAAGACGUCACAAAAGAAAAAGGUCGAAGACAGAGAGAAAGGCACAAAAGUUUUGACCGCCGCGAAAGCUAAACGAGUUUCAAGGCCACAAGAUAAAAAAGCAAUACAGAAAGUAAGCACUGAUGAAAUGAGUAAAGAAAACCUCGUUAAUGCUUUAAUUGGAGGAGACACCCGUUUGAAUAUCCACAGCGGUAUCCCCGAGAAAGCAUAUAGGGAACUGGUAGAGUAUUUUGCAGGCGGCGAGCAGUCCACGAUUGAAGUGAGCAGCAAGAAAUCUGAAAUCGCACAUCCUGAGGGAGAUCAGAAGCAAACCGGCCCGAAAAAGAUGGUUCGUAGAAAGCUAACGAAAAAACACAAACGUAUUCUUGCGAUACUGGCGAAGAUGGACCCAAAUGUUUUACGUAAAUACUUCCAUUUAAAAGGUUUUGAUAAAUAUUGGAAGCUCAUGCAAAGCAUCAGGAAAAGCCAUUCUGUGAAACAAAAUCUUGGGAAGAAACAAAAGGGUGAUGACGAUAAGAAGGUUACAAAAAAGGUGAAAGACGCGUUGCCAGAGAAAUCCAAAAGUUCGCCACGUCUUGUGCACUUAGCAAAACCAAUGCAGUUUCACAAACUGGCCAAACAACAACACACCAACAAAGUUAUUCCUCAGCAAAAAAAAGUCAAAUAUAAUCCAUCCAAGGGAACAAACAAAGAUGCAACGACAAAAAAUGUAGGUAAAAAGAAGACUGCAAAUAAAGUAACGAAAAACGAGACAGCUAAGAAAUUGGUAAGGGAUAGAGCGAAGGAGAAUCUACAAAAACAAGUGGUUGGCCAGGGCUCUUCAAGUCUCAAAGGACGCAAAAGUGAAGAGCACACUCAGAAGCUGGUCACAAUGAAAGACAAGGCAGCUAACGUUGAAAAUAAACACGGUCAUAAAGCUGUAGUGGAACACAAGACCAGGAAAAUUGUGAAAUCCCAUCAUGAUCAGGGAAAAGACUUACCAAAGAAAGUAAAAAGCGAAGUAAACUCUAAGGUGGGAGGAAAAGGCAAAAACAGCCACGUUGUUAAGGACGGUGCCCCUGCUUCCAUCGUACCCCAUGUAAAAGAUGCUAACACUCAAAAUAAAGCUCCAACUGGAGGGAAACCAAAAUCUUCUCAGGUCCAAGUGAGGCCUAAACAAGAAGACGAGACGAAGGUUGGUUUUAAACCCACAGAUCUCAAGCAAACCGUCCUUGCCAAGACCACAAAGGAUAAGCCUAAACAUGGGAAAGAUUUGCCUAAGCACGCUACUGAGGUGAUGAAGGUAACCCCUAAUAAAAUGAAGGAUUCUGGUAAACAGUCCACCAUGAAAUCCCUUGAAAAACAUAAGGAACUUCCGGGUAAAGAUCAAAGUAUACAUCACUCAGAAAAAUCGAAAACCGAACCUCAGAAACAUAAAGAAACACUGGAGGAGCAAUUGAAAGCAAUGUCCCCAAAAGGUUCGAAACCAAGUAAGGUUUUAAGCGAUAGAAACAAUUCAUUAACUGAACAUGGAAAUAAUCCUUCACAAAUCCCAAAAGCAGUCUCGGUCAAUGAGCAACACGACGUCAAAACGACGCAAGUUGAAAAGAAGCCAGAGAGUAAGGAUGAUAAAAGUUCCUCAGUUAAACAACCAGUCUCUGGAGCUUCCAAGAUCGACAUUUUGAAAGAAAAGAUCAUAAAAACUAACAAUUUAAAAUUCAAAGUGGCUCAAGCACUCCUUGCGCAUUGCGAAACUCAGAACAGGCUUCGACAGGUGUUUGAUGACGUAAAUAACUCCCUUAAAAAAGCAGCUAGCCUUGCAAAAGCUAUAGGAGCAAAGUUCGGAAUCAAAGCACGUGAUAUAGAGAGGAUGACAUCUGAGCACACUGAAGGAGCAGUAGAACAGUUUUUAAACCAGUUAUUUUAGAUAUAUAGUCAGUAUGCUUACAGUUUGCAAAUCAUGAAAAAGUUUUCCGUUUGUCGUAAUUAGCCUCUAAACCAAUGACAUAAGCAAUAUGUUAAACCACCCGUGUCGCCCAGGCUCUUUAUUUGAAGAAGGAUCAGAGGCAAUCUCGCCCUCACCUUUUAACAGCGGACAAUGACAGCUGUUUUUCUCUCGCGUUUGAAAUUGUCUUUUUGACUAGUAUUCUGUAAGGCCGGCUAGAUCUGAGACAGAUUCCUGUUACAGAUGGCUUCCAGGUUAUAGCCUUAAAAUUGUCAUCAGCAAGUGUUAUCAAUUCCAAGUUACCAAGAUACUACUUACAUUCUCACGAUUGCUAUUCUUUGUCAAGUUCCGGAGGAGUUUUUUUUUAUUUCUACAUAAUAUUGCUGUGAAGCAAAUACGAUUUUGAAGCGAUGCAAAACCAUUGUUAAUGAGUGGCUUUUUGCGCCCUAUGUUUUGCAUGACUUUUGUCCAAAAACUGAAUCAAAACGGGCCAGUCAGAGAACUGAGUAUCUACCUUGAUUAGUUCUAGU